UCCUGACAUUUCAUGUGAAAAUGCUGGCAAAGGUGGAAUACGGAGGAGUCCAAAAAUACAUAAAAGUUCCCCAAAUUGUUGAAAACUUUGACUUCCAGAAGUUUCUUCAAGAAGUAUCGGACAAAUUUAGUCUGCAGGCCCAACUUGAGACUGAAGGUGUGCUCAGCUUGACUGACACAUCAGAUACCGAGGUUGAUGCCGACACAUUCGAUGAGCUGGUCAAGUCAGGGGUGAGAAACUUCAAGGUUGGAUAUCGCCAGCAUCCAGCAACGGACAUUUGUAUUGUAUUGGAUGAAUCAGAUUCAUCUGUAAUACCAGACUCAUCACCAUCUCCUGCAUCACUGCCAGUCCCCCCGGUAUCACCAGCCUCUACGCCAGACUUCGCAGCACCGUCACCGGCGUCUUCCAAUUCAUCAGAUUCUACUAUUAUCCUCCCAACCACAAAGAACAGGAAGAGGGCCAGGAAAGAGUUGGAUCGUGAUGAAGCAAGACAGAGGGUUGAAACUGCUCUGAGCUCUAAUCCGAAGGGUGAAGAAAUCUUCAGAGAGUAUAACAAAACCAAAACACUGUCAGUUGUGACACGCAAGCAGAUGGUCAACAUUCUGGUUGCAGAAAUGAUAGAAACAUACGGGAGGAUUCCACCAAUGCAUGUCCGGGCCAGUUAUGCACUUGGAAUUGUGACCCUUUUUCCAUAUCUCCAAGAUCCUUACUCAAAACAUGGAUAUGAACACUACUAUGAUCCUCAGGCCAAUACUGGCUAUCUUGCAUGGAGACUCAAGACGGUACAACGCAACACCUGUGAUGGCUUCCGUGAGUGUUCCAGGCCUGAUUUCCAGGACAGCCCGACAACCCAUCGAGAAUCUCUGUUAACUGGUGAUCAGCUUCUUGGUGAGGAGUGCAAGGAGGCUCUUUCCAUAAUGAGACACUCGAUGGACACAUCUGUGGUUAGAGAGAAGAUGAGAGCCACCUUUGACUACAGACAGAAGCUGGUUCAUGACCAUGAUGCAACAGCUUCAGUGUUGGAUGUCUUCCCUCGUUUUCUUGAUACAGCAGGACUGAUUGAACAGGAUUUUUCCAUGAUGUUUGGGGACCAUGUCUCUGGAAGGUUUCUUGCAAGGUGGUCUUCAGAUUUCAAGCACAGAGUCGUCACAGAAUGCCAGAGUGUUCCCUCAAGUUCUUACGUUGAAGAGCUGCUGGCUGUUUCUGAUCUUGAGGUUGAGAAUGACUACGGCUGGGAUAGUGACAUGUCUGCUCUCCUGCUGCUGUUGCAUCUUCUGCCCCCCACAUCAAAAGGCCAGAAAAAAACUCCCAAGAUGAGCUCAGCACAGGCAGCCAAUCAUGUUGUCAGAUUCAUUAAGGAAGGAGCCAGCCUCACUACAUUCCUGGAUAAAGUCGAUGCAAGGCAGCCUUUCCUCCUUUGCAUCGGAGAGCAAAAGAAGAAAAUCACAAGGUUCUUCAUUGUUGUGGACCAGAAAGCUAUCCCAUGCAGCGCUCAGACAUCGGUGGCUGCUUUUGAUGUGCUGUUCAAGACUCACUAUGUCUUCAGCCUCUCCUAUGAUGAAGCACUUUCUGCAUUCUACACUUUCAUCCAAACAACAAUAUACAACAUUGAUGUUGGAACCACAAAGGAAACCCCACGAGUCAAGGAACUGAGGGCCAAACUACUGCAAGACUAUUAAAAUGCCACCAGUUCACAAAGGGGCAGAUGUGAUUAGUUUUGACGGCCAUGGCAUCAUCUCUUAUCGCUUCAGAAGUAAAAAGAUGAAGAUUAUCAAGGAUGUCAUCUCUCUGAAGUUUAGAACCACGGCUGGAGAAGGGGUGCUGCUCCAUGGAGAGGGACAGCAGGGAGACUACAUUUCCCUGGAGCUUCACAGGGCAAAACUCCAGCUCAGCAUCAACUUAGGCAGUAACCAGUACGGUUCUAUUCAGGGUCACACAUCUGUGACCAGCGGUAGCUUGCUGGAUGAUGACCACUGGCACUCAGUUGUCAUAGAGCGCUACCGAAGGAAUGUCAAUUUCACUCUGGACCACCACACUCAGCAAUUCAGGACUAAUGGAGAGUUUGACAACCUUGACCUGGACUAUGAGAUCAGCUUUGGAGGACUGCCUGUAUCUACCAAACCAAGUUUAGGAGGCAAAGAGAACUUUGUGGGCUGCAUGGAGGGAAUCACGUACAAUGGAGACAACAUCACCAACCUGGUCCGCAGAAAGAAGGUGGACACCUCUACCUUUCGUAACCUGACAUUCUUCUGUGCUGAGUCCAACUCCUUCCCCGUCUUCUUUAACUCCACGUCCUUCCUGCGGUUGCUGGGUCAGAGUGACAGCGACACUCUAUCAGUCAGUUUGUCUUUUAGGACUUGGAAUCCCAAUGGACUGCUGAUGUUCACAGCACUGGCUGAUGGCUGGGUGGAGGUGGGACUGACAGAGGGCAAGGUCACUGUCUACAUGAAUGUGACACAGAAGAAAAACACACGUAUUGAUGUCUCAUCAGGUUCAGGUCUGAAUGAUGGCCAGUGGCAUAGCGUCCAUCUCAAUGCAUUGGAAAACUAUGCUAUGUUGACAGUUGAUGGAGACGAGGCAUCCACAGUCAGGACAGCUAUCCCCAUCCAGAUCCAGACUGGAGGAACUUACUAUUUUGGAGGUUAUUUUCUACACACUAAUGCACGAUCACUUCAGCGGUCCUUCCAGGGCUGCAUGCAGAUGAUCCACAUCGAUGAUCAUUUGGCUGACCUUAGGGCUGUGGAGCAGGGGCUCAUUGGAACCUUUGAAAAUGUCAGCCUGGAUAUGUGUGCCAUUAUAGACAGGUGUGUUCCUAACCACUGUGAGCAUGGUGGUCGUUGCUCUCAAACAUGGGACACAUUCAACUGCAACUGCAGCGGUACGGGCUACACUGGAGCUACAUGCCAUACCUCACUGUAUCAGCAAUCCUGUGUGGAGUAUAAGCACCAGGGGAAGAGUUCAGGAAGCUACUGGAUUGACCCAGAUGGUAGUGGCUCUAUUGCCCCCUUCAGAGUCAAUUGUGAAAUGGCAGAGGAAACGGUUUGGACCACACUGAGAAACAACCUGUCUCCUCAGACAGCAAUCUCCAAGGCAGACCAGGAAGGGAAAGCAGUGCUGCAGAUUACUUAUAAUGUGACUGAUGAACAGGUGUUGUCAAUUACCAGCAGUGCAGUGAGCUGUGAACAGUAUGUAGCCUAUGCGUGCCGAAUGUCUCGUCUUCUCAGCAGUCCAGAUGGCAACCCAUUUACCUGGUGGGUAGGAAGAGCCAAUGAGAGGCAUUUCUACUGGGGGGGUUCAGGACCAGGGAUACAGAAGUGUUCCUGUGGUAUUGAACACAACUGUACUGACCCCAAACACUACUGUAACUGUGACGCUGACCUGCGUACCUGGAGAGAGGAUGCAGGCCUAUUGGUCUACAAAGACCAUUUGCCAGUCAAUCAGGUUGUGAUUGGUGAUACAAGCAGAGCUGGAUCUGAAGCCAAGCUUACAAUAGGACCACUCAAAUGCCAGGGUGAUCGUAACUACUGGAACGCAGCCUCGUUCACCAGCCCUGCCUCCUUCCUCCAUUUCCCUUCCUACAGAGGAGAAACAGGCACUGACAUCUCCUUCUAUUUUAAGACAUCCUCCACUCAUGGAGUGUUUCUGGAAAACCUGGGAAGCCCUGGUGCCAUUCACAUCGAACUCAGAGGUGUGUAUGUACACACACUGUACAACAUGUUAGAACCAAAGGGACAGGAACAUAUUUGUAGCAAAGACAUGAAUACUUUUAACUUACACUACUCACAAUAAGUUAAAGAUAUUAUU